AUGAAUACUACUCUUGUAAUUAUUCUACUUUUCAUAGCCUUCAAGUUGUUUUCCGUACUCAGAAGAUACUUAACCACCACACCACGACAAAUGUCUCAGCAAACCAUCUCCCAAGUCGAAGAGUUGAUCAAAACCAAACCAGUUUUUGUUGCAUCCAAGACUUACUGUCCUUACUGCUCUGCAACCAAGAAAUUGAUCAAUGAGAUUUAUCCUGAAGCUUACAUUUUAGAACUAGACACCAUGGAAGAAGGGUCUGAGAUUCAAGAUGCAUUGGCUAAGAUCACUGGUCAAAGAACUGUUCCUAACGUUUUCAUCAACGGUAAACACAUCGGUGGUAACUCGGACCUACAGUCUUUGGGCAAGGAGAAAAUUAAGAAGUUGAUUGGCUGA